AUGGAGGACGACGAAAGAGAAAGAGUUGAAGCUUUGAUCAACUUGGCCGCUCCUAGGACAUUUCGAGAAAGAGUAGAUCCGCUGGAAAUUCUAGACGACGAUGCGUUCAGAGCUCGCUUUCGCCUUAGCCGCAGGGCCUUUUAUAAUCUGCUUUCGAUGCUGCAAAACGAUCUAGCUCCCUCAACCGCGAGGACGGCGGCGAUUACAAGCGCUCAUAAAUUGGCUAUCUUUCUUGAACACAUUGGAAGUGCCAAUCUGCAGCGGAUAACGGCGAUCACUUUGGGUUGCUCGCAAUCCACUGUUUCUCGCAUCAUCACACAAGUGUCAGACUUGCUGUAUAGAAAAAGGAAUGAUUUCAUAAAGUGGCCGAGUGAGGAGGAGCAGCAAGCCAUGGAAAGAAGAUUCUUUGCGCUGUGCGGAAUUCCCCGUAUCGUUGGGGCUCUCGAUGGCUCCCAUGUCAAAAUCCAGGCUCCCACUGUGCAGUUGGUUACUCAGACAUUUAGGAAAGGUUAUCACAGUAUCAAUAUGGGUGCAAUCUGCGACUUGGACCAGCGUUUCAUAUGGGUAAGCGCGAAAUUUCCGGGAAGGGCGCACGAUUCUAGGGUAUUCCGCAGCAGUGCCCUUUAUAGGUCACUACGAACGGGAAGAAAAAGGGGGACGUUGCUUGCUGAUAGUGCAUACCGCUCCGAAAGGUUCAUACUGAAGCCGAUUCUGAGAAGUGACAGAACUCCGGCAGAGGCACGCUACACGGAUGCAGUUUGCAGGGGCAGGGUUAUCAUUGAAAACGCAUUUGGUUCUCUCAAAAGGCAGUUUUUGUCUCUACACACUGAACUGAGACAUGCACCCACUCGAGCCUCGAAAAUCAUAGUCUCUGCUUGUUGUUUGCGAAACUAUUGUAUCGAGACCCGAGAGCAGCCUUUUACCGCGAAUGAAGCCAUCCCGCAGCAAUACCCUGAGGCCGGGGACGACGAGACGGACGUUCCGGAUGCGGGCGAAGCACAGAGCAAAAUGACAGCUAUCCUACAAAAAAAGAAUGCUCGAUUAUCUUCUUGA